GGUUUUGGAGUGAUCGAGAAAAGCACAGAAUGUCCCUGUCGAUUGCCACACCACCUGGAGAACUUUCUUCGUUUAGGGUUUUAUCUGUUUCACAUCAGCAAUGUCUUCUCUCGAGGAUUUCUCGGCUUUCGAUCCACAACAUUCCCCCUCCCGCGACUACUAUGGUUAUUCGCAUGGGUGGCGGUCCCCGGACUUUCCCUGGAGGAGUAUCGAAAUGGCAAUGGAAGCGAAUGCAGGCCAAGAAGGCAAAGCAGCUCCUUAAGGCUCGACUCUGCCGAGAGCGACAGAUAUAUGAAAUGCGAAAGCGGGCUGAGCUGAGAGCUGCCGUGUCUGAACUCGAGCGGCCAUGGGAGGUCGUCGAGAGAGCCCCAACUUUGUUCUCUGUCAGAGCCGAUGAACAAUUGAAGGUCUUGGCGGAUAGGUUCCAGAGACCGGGCGGCUACGACUUAUGGAGCGAGAAAGAUGGACCACAGCUAUUUCAGACCGUUGACGAUCUCCCUUCAGCAAGAUUUUUCCCCAAAGGUGUUGUGCAUAGCCUUAAACCUUACGGGAGUAUUGCAGAUUCCUCCGUGGAGGAGGCUAUGGGGUCAAAUUUUCAGGGUUCAGUUUCAGAAUCCGUAACGGGCGGGUCUGUUUCAAGAGUAGGAAAGCGGUCUAGGAAAUCCAAAAAGGCACCUAAUCCUGGAGGCAGAGCUAGGUCUGAUUGGAAAAGGGAGGCAGGAACUGGAGAUUCUCCAACCAGACGAGAAGAAUGGAAGACAAAUACAGAAGCAUCGGGUACUGUGGGUGAGAGGCAAAGGUCUGGGAAAUUUCAUGGAGACAGGACUGGAAAGGAUUCUCGUGUUAUCUUUAAGAAUAAGGAGCACAAACGAAGUUUUGGCUCUAGAAAUUCAUACCGGGCAAAAUCAGAGGACGGCACAUUGGGUGCAGUUGGAAGAGAGAAGAUUCGAAUAAACAAUGGAAGUUAUAGCAGUGCCAAUGGUCACUCUAACGCCAGGAGAACUUCGUCGAGAUCUAGAGCGACCGAAGAAGUAUAUAAUAUGAGCUUGCAACAGGAUGGAAGUUAUGAAUUGCAACAGGGCCGCUCGAAUACCAAGAGUCGGGGAGCAGUGUGAUUCAUUAGGUGCAUUAGAAGUGUCUAUUUCCCUAUCGGAGUGC